AUGGCGCCCGCGCAAGCAUAUGUGACCAGCUAUCCCCCGCGGAUCCGCCAAUACACCAAUACCCUCCUUCAACCCGUUCUCCAGACCCAGAAUGUCGUCCCAGGCGGUCGCACUACCAAACGAGGGACAACGAUAAUCAACUACGCAGAUGAUGCCUAUGAUGAAGACGACUUUGAAGACAGCGAAGGCCCCCGGCGACCGACCGGUUUGCGAUCGUUGCGACGGGAAGAGCUCGAGAAAAGGGAACCACAGAAUGAAAAAGUGGGAAAGGAAAUACACGAGCCCGUUGACUUGCAACCCAUAUACCGAGACUGGAUAAUCAGGAGGGCAGUCAGGCCUACGACAGAUGCCCAGGCACAAAUUCAAUCGCAACUCCCGCUCACCCUUAUACCCAUACGUAUCGAUCUCGAUGUACCACCCCACCAGCCCGAAGCGCCUUUUCCCCUGCCGCGCGCAGGAGUCGAUAUCGGGGUUAACCCUUCGCUGCCAAUGUUCAAGAAACCUGAGCCACUACCGGGCUACAAGAUACGCGACAUCUUUUUGUGGAAUCUACACGAGAAUCUACUUACCCCGGAUGACUUUGCGCAGUGCUUCGUGCGCGAGCUCGACUUGCCGAACCAGACAGGCCUUGCGAUGAACGUCAGUCAACAAAUACGAACCCAGCUGGAGGACUAUGCAGGGGUGGCCAUGCACCCUCUGUUUCACACCCAGCCGAAGAGAUCACAAAUGCCUGACACUAAUCCUGCUGCGACACCCUCGGCUUUCGUGAACGGAAGCUCUCGCGGCGGCACUCCCCGCGCACAUUUGGGUGCGUCAAUAUCUCGUCCAGCCUCUACAACACCGGGGACUCCCGCUGCUUCGACGCCCCAUCCCAUUACAUUGACAAACGGCGCAUCUAUAACAGCAGUUGCUUCUCCGCUACCGCCAGAACCUCAAAUUGAGCAGCAGGAUGACUCUGAAGACCCGUAUCUCAAUCCUGACGAUACCUACCGCUGUGUAAUCACGCUAUCAAUCUAUCUCUCUUCGAAACUUUACCAAGAUAAAUUUGAGUGGUCAUUGCUACAUCCGCCGGGUGCCGCAGAGGCGUUUGCAAGGCAGACUUGCGCUGACAUGGGACUGAGCGGCGAGUGGGUCAUGGCCAUCACCCAUGCAAUCUACGAAGCAGUGUUGCGACUGAAGAAAGAGGCAUGCGAAGGCGGCAUGGUCAUGAUCGGUGGAAAUAACUUAAGCGGAGAGAUCGACAAUCAAGCCGUCCGAGGUGAGGAAGGCGCUGGUUGGAGGUACGACAUUGACGAUUUUGGUGCUGAAUGGGAGCCCAAAUUCGAGGCUUUGAGUAAAGAAGAGAUCGAGAAGAGAGAGGGCGAUCGAGAAAGACAGCUGCGGAGAUUGCGGAGAGAGACUGCCAAGUUCAGCUCAACUGCUGGUAUGGUGCCCUCGGCUCGAGAACAGGAAGCUCAGCAGCGAGGAAGUUACUUUGACUACACCACCAUCGGGAGCGCCGGUACCGGGGAGGAGACGCCUCUCAUGGGUCGUGGAGAAAGAAGUAAGAAGAAGCGGCGGUUCAGAUCGCUCUCUCCUGUGGCGAAGGCACAGACCCCGGACGCCACCGGAAGUUCUGCUGGUGCCGGAUGGGGAGGUGAGGGCAAUCGGUUACAGGAGUACGAGAGGCAGAAUUGGAGGUGCAAACAUUGUCUCAUUUGGGGCAGCGCCGUCUGGGCUGUGCGAGAUGGGCCUACGGGUCCAAGAGCGCAAGUCAUUGCGAAUUCGGGUCACGAUGACAUGAUUCACGAUGCGGUCCUCGAUUACUAUGGCCGACGACUUGCGACCUGUUCGAGCGACAAGACGAUCAAGAUCUUUGAGAUUGACGGCGACCAGCACCGGUUAACGGAGACGUUGAAGGGUCACGAAGGCGCCGUCUGGUGCGUCUCCUGGGCUCAUCCCAAGUUCGGGACCUUGUUGGCCUCUUCCUCGUACGACGGCCGGGUACACAUCUACCGCGAAACACCGUCCCAACAAACGCAACCGGGCCAACAGUCUUCGUCGUCAUGGACGCUGGUGUUUACGAGCACAUUCCACACGGCUUCCGUGAACAUGGUGUCCUGGGCCCCGCCCGACCUGGGGUGUCUGCUGGCGUGCGCCUCCUCGGACGGGCAAGUCUCGGUGCUCGAGUUCCGCGACAAUCAAUGGGGGCAUAUCAUUUUCCCAGCGCACCCCAUGGGCGUGAAUGCCGUGAGUUGGGCGCCGUCGGCUCCUCCCGGGGCGAUUGCGAGGAAAGAUCCCGGCGGCGCGCCUGGGAGCAGCGGGCUGCUGGUCAAGCGCUUCGUCACGGGCGGGAGCGACAACAACGUCAAGAUAUGGGAGUUUUCCCCUUCGUCAUCCACCUACGAGAACGCCCUGGUCUUGCCGAGCGGCCACGCCGACUGGGUCCGCGACGUCGCCUGGUCGCCCACCCUGCUGAGCAAAUCCUACAUCGCCAGCGCCAGCCAGGACAAGACGGUCAAGAUCUGGACAUGCACAAACAUGACCUCUGGCAAUGUCGGGGACUGGACUCUCGCAAAGACGCUCGAGUUCGACGCCGUCACGUGGCGCGUGAGUUGGAGUCUCUCCGGCAAUGUCCUCGCCGUGUCAGGCGGUGAUAAUAAGGUUACCCUGUGGAAGGAGGAUUUGAAGGGGAAUUGGGAGAUGGUCAGGGAGGUCACUGAGUAG